CUUCUUUUUUUAAAUUUAUGGGGUGAAAUCUUAUUUCAUAUUUUUUUUGUAAGGAGUCUGCUGUUUGUUUUACAUUGUAACAAAGAUCGAGUUUUACUACCUUUUUUCUUCUGUUAUUUUUUUUUUUUUGGUAUAACCAGUGUUUGUACCACGAAUAGCUCGGCCUACACAUUAAACUUUGGAGCUAUUAUGAACUAGCAUCUUUUUCUCUUUCUUUUUAACUAAAAAUUCAAAAAUGUUUCCAAGUGAAGGUUACUUUUACGUCAAAUCUCAAAAGAACGGCUUAUUUGUCAGCGUAGAUGGCGAAGAUGAGGCUGGUAGUAAGCUUGUCACUGGACCCAAGGGUGAUGACGAUUCUCAGUUGUGGAGUUAUGAAAAUGGAUAUUUGGUUUCUAAGCAAACUGCAAUGGUGAUGGAUAUUGAAGGAGGUGAUUUAAAGUCUGACAAGAGAGUAUUGCAAUUUAACCGCAAGAAAACAAUGACACAUAACCAAAGAUGGGGAAUUCGUGACGGAUUUGUAUAUGUUGUAGCUGACCCAAGACUUGUUUUGGACACUCAGGAGGAUGAGGGCUCAUAUAUUACUGUAGCCGUAAAGAAGUCAGAAGAAAAUGAUCUUCAACAAUGGUAUCUUGAGCCUUACGAAGGCGACUGUUAAAUGUUGGAAAAAAUAAUAUUCCCAAGUACCAUCUUUUUUUAUUUUACCCGCCAGUUCCCCUCGUCCAAUUAAAAAAAGAAUUUAAAUAAAAAAAAAAAA